UGUAUCCACAGGAAAAGUUUGGGGUUGAGGGAAUUCGGGGGGGAUAAAUCGUUCUUCCCAAGAACCACAGAGGACCCCGCACCUUAACUUCACCAGAGCCCACAUCAGUGUCACCGUCCCCUCCUCUCUCAAGAGCGCCGGGAUGAGCAGGGCUGUCACAGAGGAGCGGGGAGAUCAGCCACGCAACAGGUUUGUCACCAGUGACCAACUGUCUCCCAGUUCGUCACCGUGCGGGUGUCCCGGCGCGGGGAUGCCCUGGCGAGGCGAGCCCGCUGUCAGACGCGGGCCUUGCCCCGCUCCGUGCUUCCUCCCGGGGCUGGCGCCCCGCCCCGUGCCCGGAGGCGGGACCGGGGCCGGCCGGGCCGGGGCUGCGGCAGGCAGCAGGUGCCGAGCGGCCCCGCCGCCUCUGCCCGAGCCGCUGGCUCGCCUCUGUGCGCUGGUGGCUUCGGAUGCCUCCGCUCCGGACUUCCCACUCAUGGCUCUGAUGUCCUUUGCCGCCCCCUGGACACGCAGCCUGGGAUGCUGGCUUUCCUCCUGGCGGGCUGUGCCAGCCACGUGCCGUCGCCUCCGAGUGUUUUCCAGUCGUGUGUCCCUGCCUCGCUGGGUCACUGAGCUCUCCGUAGUCUGAAAAUCCCUCCUGCUUCAGCGGGAUCCUUCAGCUCUGCCGACUCUUCGGCUUCCUGGUCUUUGUCCACCCUGUUCCUUGGCCACGUCUGUUCAGACCUUGCUCUUGACUACGCUUGUCCCCUUCGAGAGGAGGCUUCGAGAGGAGCAGACAGCGUGGGGCGGCGGUGCGGGCCGGGCCUGUCCUUGCUCCGUGGGAUUCGGGCUGCGGCCGGAGCCCUUUGGGAGCCAUGGGCCGUCGGCUCGUCCGCGGUGUCUCCGGGGCCGCGGUCUUCCUUGCCAGCGUGGCUCUCCUCUCCAUGCGGCACCGUGGGGCUCGGGAAGCAGCUGAGUACCCAGGGAUCGGGGAGGGGAUGUUGGAGAAGCCAGAGCAACGGAGCGAAGGGAGCCCAGAGGGAGCUGGUGGCAGUGGGGAGAAGGACGUCAGACUCCAUCCGCCGCGGGUGUACAGGGCUGAGGGAGGCCUGACGCUUGGGGACAUUUUCAUAGCUGUGAAGACAACCAAGAGGUUUCACCAGAGCAGGAUGGAGCUGCUCCUGGACACGUGGAUAUCCCAGGCCAGCGAACAGACCUACGUCUUCACUGAUGAAGAAGAUGGUACCUUGAAAAAGAGAAUGGGUGGCCAUGUGAUCUUCACCAACUGCUCUGCCGAGCACAGCCACCUGGCCCUGUCCUGCAAGAUGGCUGCAGAGUUCGACGCCUUCCUGGCCAGCGGCCUGAGCUGGUUUUGCCACUUGGAUGAUGAUAACUACCUGAACCCUCGGGCGCUCCUGAAGCUCUUGUCCUCCUACGCGGAGACGUGGGAUGUUUACCUGGGCAAACCCAGCCUGAACCGACCCAUCUGGGCCUCGGAAACACUGCCAAACAACCAGACGAAAUCCGUGCGCUUCUGGUUUGCCACGGGAGGGGCUGGCUUCUGCAUCAGCCGCAAGCUGGCAAGGAAGAUGGUGCCCUGGGCCAGUGGCAGGAACUUCCUGAGCACGUCCGAGCUCAUCCGCCUGCCAGAUGACUGCACCGUGGGUUACAUCAUCGAGUGCAAAGUCGGUAGGCAGCUGAUUCCCAAUGCACUCUUCCACUCCCACCUGGAGAACCUGCAGCUCAUCCCCACCUCUCAGCUCCUGCAGCAGGUCACUCUCAGCUAUGGUGUGUUUGAGAACAAACUCAAUGUCAUUGAGCUCAGCGGCCCCUUCUCACCCCAGGAGGAUCCCUCAAGGUUUCGAUCCCUCCACUGCCACCUCUAUCCCAACACCUCCUGGUGCCUGCAGGCUGUUGGCUGGUGAUGUCUGAGCCUCAGUUGCAGCAGAUCCAGGUGAUACCUGCUCACCUGUAGGGAGUGGGACACUGAAGAAGCUUGGUGCUCCCAAUUUCACCUUCACUCUGGUGGUCUUGGCACUGUGUGAUAGCUUUCUUGGUCCUCACUCAAUAUUGGUCUGAUCAGAGAGAGACAAGGUGUGAUCCAAAGAUGGAUAAGAUGAGCUGAUCACAUGAAUGAGCUUCUCAUCUGAGCUGGGAUAUGUGCAAGGGAUGGGAGCAGUAUCCUUCUGAGCAGAUAAAGGAUCGGAUAGUGACUGCUGGGCAUCUGGGUGGAGAUGAGGACUUGCUGCUGCUGCUCUGUGCCCUGGCUGCAUCUUGCUGGACUAGAAGGGCCCUGUGUGUGCAUACCUGGUGCCCAGCUCCUGGUGGAUGGCAGCAUGUCAUGGCUUCACACUCUCUGAGCAGGGCCUCUUCCUCCGUAUCGGUGCUUUCCCUACUGCCCACACUCCCCAGCCACAGACCUGCUGAGUCUCUGCUUAGUCAAAGUCUAUAGAAAUGGAAAAUGUGACCAUUUUUGGGCUGAACGAAUCCUGGAAAAGCAUAGUCCUUGCUCAACAGAGGGGAGAUGGGCAGGAAGUACAAAGAAUCAGGAAUCCCCUGCUCUGCUGGGACACAAGAGAGGGCACAGACUAAGGGAGCCAGGGGAAACUGAGUGGGAUGGGGAUGGUUCCACGUUGAAUGUUGAAGGUUUGAUCUUGUGUGGUGCUGCAUUAUUCCUCUCCUUUUACCUUCUUGAUGUGGGGUCAGGAUAAUCUCUUGCUCUAAUUACCGACCUGUCGUCUGAGAUUAGAGUCCAGCUCCUAUCUGUGAGAAGAGACAUAAAGGAUUAGAGCUGGCUGAAAGAGAGGAGGAAGGAAGAGAUGGAGAAGGAGUGCUCAGGAGCGGAUUAGAGGUUACAGCUUUGUAAUCCUUUCUGUCCCCAACUAAAAAAAUUAAGUCAUGAAGGAACGGAAACAGCAAGGCAAAGAGCUUUUUAUCUCUGUGGGGCAUCCCUCCAGAUGCCAAUAGGAUCUUUCUGCCUUCCUGCUUUCCCUGCUGACCAUAACAAGGGGAAGAAGUGGACCCAAAUAGGUUACAGGCUUUCUGGCAUGUUUGUGGAGGGUCCUUUUCUCAAUACAGUGCCCAGUGUGAAAGCUGAGCAAUGGUCCUUGCUGGGGAAUGAACUUAGGCAUCAUUUUGUCCUUGUACACACAGUUAAGUGGCUGGGGGAGGGUUUUGCAGGGAAACCUGGAAGGCAGAGAGGCUGUUUUAAAUGGCAGGUGGUGCCACAAACAGGUAUUUUUCUUUAAAGAGUAUUUCAAAACAGACUGCUGGGAUCUCUGAGAGAUCCUGUAAUCUCCAGAUGAAAGGACAAAUGCCCUUUCUCUAAAGAGCUGCUCAGCUUUGAUGCUGCUGAUGUGACUAAGCCUGCUGCUGGUGGGCUGGAAGAGCUAAAGGCAACUGUCAUUGUGGCUUUGCUGUUUUGAAAACUGGCCACUCUGUCACCUCCUUCCAGCCCCAAGCACCAGCAUCUCCUACACAGUGCACACAAAGUUUAAAGGAAAGGCGUCAGAAAGACCUUCCACCUUUGUGAAGGGGGAUCUAGAAAGGAACGAGCACUUUAAAUUCUGGAAAAAACAGAAGGCAGGAGUCUGCAGAGCUGUUUUCCAACCUGGCCAUUCCUACUGGCAUUUAGUCAGCUUGUGUAGCAGCACACAGCCUUGCUUUCUUCUGUUGCACCUUUGAAGUAGAAGUUCAUCCUGAGCAGGCAUGGGAGCGAGCUGAUGCCAGUGACCAUUCCUUGAGUUGUGGAAAGCCCUUGGCUCACACGGCUACGCCAGCCAGGAAUCCACGUGGCACAAAACAGGGACACAGCUAUUGGAAGAGGGAUGCAGCACCAAAAAGUCCUGCCCCACAGGACUAGUGCUUUGGGCGUGACCAGAAGAUGAAAUAUGGUUUUGUGAGAAGGAAUGAGUCUUCAAGAGAUACCUACACUACUUGGAUACAUCAUUUUUCCCCAUUCAGAUUUUCAGCUGAUGUUAAUAGAGACUUUGAGUUAAAAAGCUGGUCCUGGCUGUAGAUGUCCUGGUGACAAUCAGAGCAAAAUGCGAUUCAUGUGAGGAAACUGGUACAGCAACUUCACUUCCCUGGGGUAAAAGCAAAGCAGAGAAACCGAAAGCUUGCUUUGGAUCCUGGCUUCAGCUGGUCUGAAUUGACCUGGUGCCUUUUGCAUGGCUGAAGAUCAGAUGUUUAAUGGGUUGAAUCCUUGAGUGGCUGCACGGGGACCCGUUUAAGACUGGGUUUCGUUGCUGGAGCAGUUAAGUGCCACUUCUGUGGAAAAUGUCUUGUCUCAUAAGGAAACAGAACAGAUGAGAAGAUGUCUGGGGCAGGGCAUCUCUUGGGCCGUAGAGAAAUGAAUGACAGAAAAGUCCUGCUAUGCCUGUGACGACAAUACGCUGGAAAGAAAAUAGCUUCUGAGUCGACAAAAGAAACCAGGUUUUCUCUAAGAACAGAGAGACAGCUUAAUGGGAUGCUCACCGCAUGAAAUUUGAUCAAUGUUAAAACAUGAGUUAAAAUUAGUUUCAGGAAUAGUUCCUGCCCCUGAGGCUUGCUGUCAGAUAUUGUGGUUUUACAGUCUCAUUUUCCUAGUUUAUUAAAAUGUUUAGCUGCUUGGGAAAAUGAGAAACAAUCUCAAGUGAAACUUUUCAGGGGGCUGUCUUCUUUUAUUCUCUUUCUCUUGAUGUAACAAAGAUUUUGGAAAGGUUCCGCUGGGUCUAUUAAAUUUGUAUUUUUUAAUUUUUUUAUUUUUUUUAAUAUCUCUACCUGUCUCUAGCUCAUACUUCAUUUUCUCAUUGCAGGGAAAAAAACCACCAAACCCUCUCCCAAGAACAAAAAGGAAUGGAGUCAUGGUCUUUAUAUUUUACUGGCAAGAAUGGGGUCAAAGUCAAGGGUGUUGGCAUGACCCUGCUGUUGUGCAACAUUAAGUGUAGUUCAGGGUUUCAAGUACAGACACUCUGCCUGCCCAACACCAUAGCAACCAACACUAUUAAUGAUGUUUAAACUGUAUACUGAAAAUUCAGAAAAAGGAGGAGGGAAAAAAAAAAGCAGUUACAGUAUUUGAAAUGUAAAAUAUUAAGUAAGGCUUUCAUGUUAACAAUAUCUUUUCUUCACUUUCCCCUUAGCGUGAAGAAUUUUUAUAAGAAAAGCCCUAUUUGACAGUGCAAAAAAAAUGCUAAUGACUAUCCUUUCUUUAGGGGAAAAGAAGUUAGUUGAAAUAGGUGGGAAAAUGCCGUUGUUGCUAAAGACUUGAAGGGGAGAGAGAAGAAUAGCAACAUUAGACAAUGGUUCUGUCUCUGGUGCCAACUCCUCUUAACAGCUCUGCUGCCAAAGAAAAACAGAUUCCUGAGCCACUGUGGGAUUUGCCCAACUUGUACCCAGACUGCAGCCUUCAGCUCUCUCCCCAGGCUUCUUGCUGAGGAAGCAGCCUUCAAAAGGCAAGCAGUUUAUCAGACAGAAGUCAAAGGAUGAGAAAUAGGAACAGGAAGAAAAGAGAUUGGAAGGAAAGAGCAAAGCCUUGGAGGAGCAUGGAAGUUUUAGCAGUGAUUGCAAGUGCUGUUUGGGGGCUGCCCAGCAAGAGCAGGAAAGGGGGUGUUGCCUGGGCCUCCAGGUCUGGAUUUAUUUUGUGAUCAGGGCAACUGCAGCUCACCAGUGCCACUGAGGAUGCCAGCCUGUGAGACAGAGUCCACCUUGGAAGAGGUGAGAUCAGUUUGGUUGGCCCUGAACCUCUUCUUUUUUUAAUAACACUCCAGAUAAGUCAGUGGCUUUUCAUCAGUGUUGGAGUCACUUCCUUACAACAGAUUUAGCUUCUUAAUUUACUUCUGCCCUUGCUUACAAUGCAGGCUUUUCAGAUAGUCCAGAGUGGUAUCAGCAGCUCUUUUAAUUAAUUUGUUAAAUUUCUUUUGUCUUCAAUCUCUGAAAAACCUGACUUGACAGCCAGCUCUACACACUUCUGGCAUGGAUGCAGAGAUGAAUGAGGGUGGGUGACUACUCCAUUCAGUAAGUGCCUGGUCACAGGGAGGCAUGGGCCAUCCUUACAUUUUUCCUUGAGGAACCUGCUAGCAGUUGGUGCCUGAGAUGGCAUCUCAGACUAACUGGAACUCUCUCCUCUGCCAAAUAGUGCUCAUCAUGUGGCUCCACUGGAGAGGAUGCAAGGGUUGCCAUGGACAUAAGCAAGGCCAGGAAGAAGAGCAGCAUCAUAAAUGUUAAAGUAACUGUGCCUGUUCUCACCAGCUGGUGCAGGAUUUUUUCCUGUAGACGUUCUGCCUAUAUACCUGGGAGGUUAAAGGAGUGCAGAACUGAGCUGUUGUUGCUCAGAUGGCAUUGCCUUUUAAGGCUGUUCCUUGACAGCCUAAGAUUUUUUCCUCUUCCUG